GUUGCCACUAUGCCAGCUGCCACCCGUCUCGUAUCACAAUGACAAACUUUUCUUUUUUUUAAAUUGGUCUUGUGUACCCCGAAGCGUUUUGUCAUAAAUACAGGACACCGGGGCUUGUUGUCCUUUGCUGGUCCAAUUCUUGCUCGAUGUACACCUUCAGCUGUUCAACAGUCCGGGGUCACAGGUGUCGUAUUUUCCAGCCUGUGAGAUCGAAUAUCACGGGCAUUCACUGUUGGGUUUUGGGCCUUGCUGCUUACAUGCAAUGAUUUUUCCAGAUUCUCUGAACCUUUUAAUGAUAUUGUGGACCGUAGAUGAUGAAAUUUCUUCAUUCCUUACCAUUGCACAUUGAGGAACAUUGUCCUUAAACUGUUUGACUAAGAGGUGAACAUCGCCUCGUCUUUGCUUGUGUUAUAUAUUCUGUUCUUAUUUAUCUUUAACACAACGUAGAUAUGUUUUUGUUGUUAUUAUUUCAAUUUCACCUCUGUAUUACACAUAUGACUUUUAGCUGUCACUCAAGUCGUGCUAUGCGUUUUAAAGUUUGUGCAAGUGUUGUGGUGCCACGACACCGCCCAGUUAUGCAAUUAGUGCCUCAUACUAAAUUUUUUCCCCGUGUUAAAAUCCACUUGAUGAAUUGAUGUUCUGCAAGCAAAAGUUGCGAGGUAUAACGUUAACCACAAGAUGGCAGCAACAUCAAGACAAACAACACGGGGAGCACCCGGUGCAGUGGAUUUAUUUCAUUUUUUAAGGAGCUACGUAAAGUCCACUUGAGAGUUGCAUUCCUUUCACCAUUUCACGUUCGACUUCAACGAUUACUGUAUACUGAUUAAAUUUCAAUUAUUUUUUCAAAUCAUUUUCAUUCACGUGUGGGCGUUUGGGAAACACGCAUGUGGGUGUGGCGUACGCCACUUGGGGGCGCUAAUGUGAUUACUCGGGCUUCUCAUGUGUGUCGUCAGCCCACAGUACCUGUGAAGAAAAAAAAAGUGAACAAGCUCAAGUCAACAUUUGAGGCACCGAACAAGCAAAAAAGCACGAACCGUCGUCAAUAUUUAACCAGACGGCUCAGACAUUAACUGACAGGAACUACGUACAGUCCAAAUACACUAACGACAAGAAGAACAAGUUACAAGUGGAGUAGUAGCAACUGCGGUACUGCCGGUGUUACAGUAUGUUGAGGUCCGGAGCUCGGUUGAUCUCGUCCCGCAGGCUGACAACAGCAGCAACACGCCUCGGCCUCGGCCGCAGCUCCGGUUCGGACGGGGCCCGCGCCCUGACCUCGGCCGGCGUUCGGCUCGACCUGAGCGGCGUGUACCCUCCCAUCGCGACCCCCUUCACUGAGCGGGAGGACGUCGACUACGACAAGUUGGAGCACAAUCUUCGCAAGUACGCUGAGAUUCCAUUUAAAGGUCUGGUGGUGCAGGGUUCCAAUGGCGAGUACCCUUACCUGACGGAGGAGGAGCGUGUAGAGGUGGUGAAGAGGGUGCGACGCUCGAUGCCAGCCGACAAGCUGCUCAUCGCCGGUUCCGGCUGCGAAUCCACAAGAGCUACAUUGGAGCUCACGGCUAAGAUGGCGGCGGCCGGCGCCGACGCUGUCCUGGUGGUGACGCCGUGCUUCUACAAAGGCAAGAUGGACUCUCACGCCCUGGUCCAGCACUUCACUAAGGUGGCAGACGGCAGCGAGGUUCCGCUGAUCCUGUACAGCGUCCCGGCGAACACGGGCCUGGAGCUGCCGCUGGACGCCGUCGUGCGUCUGUCCCAACAUCCGAACAUCGUCGGGCUCAAGGACAGCGGCGGAGACAUCACCACGAUGGGCCUGAUAGUCCACAAAACCAAAGACCAGGACUUCCAGGUUCUGGCGGGCUCGGCCGGCUUCCUUAUGGCCGCCUACUGUGUCGGUGCGGUGGGCGGAGUCUGCGCGCUGGCGAACAUUCUGGGCAAGCCGCUGUGUGACUUGGCGCGUUUGUGUACGUCAGGUCGCUGGGAACAAGCCCGAGAGCUGCAGCAGCGGCUUAUCGAACCCAACGCUGCCGUGACCCGCAAGCUGGGCGUGCCCGCCCUCAAACAGGCCAUGGACUGGUUCGGCUUCCAUGGCGGCGUCUGUCGCUCGCCUCUUCGGCCACUCGACCAGGAACAGACGCAGCAACUCCGACGAGACUUCGCCUCCAAUGGAUGGCUCUGAAAGUAUGUGCGUGUGUUUUAUUAAAUCCUAUAUGCACAUUGGUAAUUAUACACAACUCACCCAAAAAGAACCCCCCCCCCCCAAAAAAAAAAGGUUUAGCAAUGGCACAAGGGAAGUGAAUGCCUUUUGGGUUCAAUGAAUAACCCCAAAAGUUCAGUGAAAUCGACACGCGUGGUCAACGAGUAACCCAAAAUUGGAGAAUGAAGUUAAAAAAAAAAAUUGUUAACAGAAUUGAUUUUCAUCAUGAACAAAAAUUGAAUAAAACAUCAAAUUAAUCUCGAUCGAUCAAUGGCUCAUUACAUGUCAUC